CCUGCCGGCACGGCAGCUAAAAGAGCUCAGUGCCGAGGACAGAACACUGACUACAGUAAAAAGCUUCGUAAUGCGUGGCUGGCCGAAAAUUCUAACCAAAGAACAGCAUGAGCUGCAUCCUUACUUUUGCAGAAGGCAGGAGUUGACUGUCGUCCAGGACCUGCUCUACUGGGGACAGCGAGUCGUCAUUCCAGGGGCAGCCCAGAAAGAGAUGCUCAAUCUACUCCACGAGGCUCACCAGGGGGCGACGGCCAUGAAAAGGGUAGCCCGGACGUUGUUUUGGUGGCCCGGAUUGGACGGUGAGGUCCCAACCAUUCGCCCUCAUGCUGCCGUGUGGUACCGGAACUUCGGGCAAGGUGAAAAAUGGUUGCCCGGGGUGGUGGAGAGCAACCACGGCGCUCGCAUGACUGUGGUAUCUACUCCCGGAGGCAACGUCCGCCGUCAUCUCGAUCAACUGCGGUUACGGGAGGUCAAGGCGGAAACCAGCGAGGCACCCGCCGCCAGCGGUUCAGCAGUACCUGCACCCUCUCCCAGGAGCCCUGCUGACCAGUUGGCCCGAGCCGCAGCCGCCAGCGGUUCAGCGGUACCUGUACCCUCUCCCACGAGCCCUGCUGACCAGUUGGCCCGAGCCGCGGUACCUGCAGCCUCGGCCAAGAGCCCUGCGAACGAGUUGUACGGCGACGCCACGACCUCAAGCGAGCCCGCAGACAGCUGUGUGCCGUUCCAGCUGCGACGGUCCACUCGGACUCGGAAACCCAUUGAUCGCCUUCAAUUAUAAGAGAAGGAGAAUUGUUAUCACUUCGGCCGAGUCACCGAAGCAUGACUUACUGUUAUCCGCCUUUUGUUUGUUUUAUUAACUGCGUUGCCAUUGGUCCGUGGAGCGCUAUAUAUAGUUCCACGCGGGCCCGAAAUAAACCGUUCAUACCCUGGUA